GAAAAAAAAGAGGGAAAAACUGCAUUUCGUGGCCAACGAAUCCGACCCUGAAAUUCUUUUACCUCUCCCAUUUGCCUUUUUACGUAUCCUUCUCUGUUUUAGCCAUCACCUUAGCCUCACUCAAUUUGAAUCCCGUCGGUGAUUUUUGUUCUAUUUAGUUAUUAUCUUGUUCUUAUCGACGUUGAAUCGAACUUUUUUGCGAAUACCUUGAUUCCACGAUUGGCUAUGAUUCUACAAAUAUUAGGUUCGGCUUGCAAUUGUGUUGGCAAUCUGGUUUCUAAUGAGCGUGAUACAAUUGAUUGGAGGUUUUCUUUGUUAAUUCCGUAGGAUUUUUUGGUUUUAGUUUUUGUUCUUCCUAUUUUCGGUGUUUUGUUUUUAGUUUUUUUGGUUCAUUUUUAUGGUUUUCAAUGAUCAAUGGAGACGGACAUUGUGAGGGCUUCUCGGAAGUCGCCUCUGCCGAUCCAUUGGAUUCAUCUUCACCUUGGGGUGUCGAGAAUGUCGAUGGUUGCUCUGUUGCAUCGCCAGCUUCUUCGAGGUAUUCGUCCUGCGGAGAUUCCGAGUUCGAGAGGUAUUGCAGUGCGAAUUCAGCAAUGGGAACGCCAAGUAUGCGCAGCACGAUUACAGUAUUUAACGAUUGCAUCGAUUCUGAAUUUGCGUAUGCGAGGAAUUAUGGGUUCAGUGAUGAUGGCGGCCUGGAGAACUUCAUUUUGGGAGGGAACGAGAUGAAUUCGAUGGAUACGAAUAUAGUAGGCUAUAGAAAGAUAGAACUGCACGAUGAAAUCACUCGUGAAGAACCGAGUACGAAACAUAGGUCUAGUGGGUUGAAUUUGUACGGUACGGGUGAGCUUAUUGAUUCACUUGAAGCUAAUGGCGAAGGUUUGUGUUGGAAGGUCGAGAGCACAUCGGAUUUAUUAUGUGGGGUAGAUAUGACUAACCGGUCCGAGAAGGUAGAGAGCAGCAAAGAUGAAAAAGAAGGCUUCAUUAUAGGGACAGAAGCCAGUGAAUCGGGAACGGAGGUGGAUGCUGUUCUUGGAGAUGUUACCAAUGAAGCAGUUCAUAUGGGAUGUUUAGAAGGAAGUACGGUUGAGAUUGGUAUGAAAAUAGGACAAAGGUUUGAAGAACGUCUUCUACCUUGCACGGUUGAGAAAAAGUCUGACGGUGAAUUGGAUGUGGAAAAUGAUAGAUCCCAGAACGAGCAUUCAGAGAGUGAGGAUUCAAUGUAUAAUUUUUUAUCUGAUGGUGAUCAUAGGGAUGAAACUUUCCUGCAUAAUAAUGCACGCAUUCUUCCAGAAACUGACAUGGCAAAUGAAAAUCCACUGCUUAUCAAUUCAUCUGUUGCUUUCGGUUCGGACGAUUGGAAUGAUUUUGCGGAUGCACUCCAGGAAAGGAUACCGUGCAAUCUGAAUUCCUCUUCUCUGACUGUUAAUGGUGUUCUUGAUGGUAGUGGAAUGACGAGAGAAGGUGGAAAACAGAUGCUCUUAGCCUGCAAAGAAGAUCAAGCUAGCACAAAUUUUCUGAGGAAAGUUAACUGCAGUUCUGGGGAUUGUAUGAUUGUGCAAACUGCUGAAAGACCAAACGACGUGAUUCAAGUGCGGGACAUUCCUAUGGCGAUCUGUCAAGUCCAGUCUUUUGACGAGUUGGAGGAAAUUGCAAACAAUACUUUUUUAACUGCAGCUGAUUUUUCAUACGGUGUUGAAUUAGAUCAAGAUGCAAAGGAUAUAUUUGUUGUUAAUAAUCACGCAGGAGAUGCUGAUAAAACUGCAUAUAAUAGUGAAUGUCUUGUUUGUAAUGUUUCUGGAGUUGGUACAGGAGCAGAGAAAUUUACUUCAAAGCAGCACACGUGCACAGUGGAUGGUAACUCUGUAACACAACCUCAAAUUCUAGAAACCGAAGAUAACGGUGGAGCGGUGAAUCAAGGCUUAGAUAGCCAAGGACUGGGAAAUGUGAAAACAAAAAUGGACCCUCUUGGUGCUGCUUUAACUAAUCGUCUUUCGACUCAUGCUAGUGACUGUAGCGAGGAUUUGGCACAUUCCAAUUCAAUACCUGAAUCAAAAGGUCAUCUUUUGCCAGUUGAGCUAGCAAAACUUGAGCUACAUGAUUUCUAUGAUGAAGUUGUUCACGAAAUGGAAGAAAUACUACUUGAAUCUUGUGAUUCUCCAGGGGCUAGAUUUACUAAUAAAUAUAAGAUAUCUCAGUCACUACCAUCUUUACCACUAAGGGAUGGAGGAUCAACUACACCUACUUCAGGCACUAACAGUUCUGAUCCAAGUAACCCAGAAAACUUGAAAAUUGAUGGGGUUGAAGUGAUAGGGGCAAGACAAAAGAGAGGGGAUGUAUCAUUCAGUGAAAGACUAGUUGGGGUGAAGGAGUACACUGUAUACAAAAUUAGGGUAUGGAGUGACAAGAAACAGUGGGAGGUUGAACGCCGCUACCGAGAUUUCUAUUCUCUAUAUUGUCAGUUGAAAUCAUCAUUUGCUGAUCAUGGGUGGAGUUUACCCUCUCCCUGGUCCGCAGUUGAUAAUAGAUCAAGAAAGUUAUUUGGGAGUGCAUCUCCGGACAUUAUUGCGGAAAGAAGUGUUUUAAUUCAAGAGUGUUUAUGUUCUAUUCUUCAUUCAAGAUUUUCAUCAACCAAUCCGAGUCCAUUAAUUUGGUUUUUGUCCUCUCAAGAAUCAAACUCCAGCUCUCCUACAUCAGAUACUGCAGUACCUCAAUCACCUGAUACUGCAAGUGUGUCUGACACGCAAAACUUGUUCUCUUUGGGGAAUUCCAUAUCACUAAUUGUUGAAAUUCGACCGUACAAAUCUACAAAACAAAUACUGGAGAUGCAGCAUUAUAUGUGUGCUGGAUGUUAUAGACAUUUUGAUGAUCAGAAAACUCUGAUGAAAGGCUUUGUACAGAGUUUUGGAUGGGGCAAACCACGAGUCUGUGAUUACACCUCUCAGAUGUUUUGCUCUUCAUGCCAUACGAAUGAGAUGGCAGUCAUACCAGCAAGAGUUUUACAUCAUUGGGACUUCACUCAGUAUCCAGUUUCUCAGUUAGCUAAGUCAUAUUUGGAUUCCAUACAUGAUCAGCCUAUGCUUUGUGUCAGUGCGGUUAAUCCUUCUCUCAUCUCAAAGGUCCCAGCUUUGCUUCAUGUUAUGGGUGUGAGGAAAAAAAUAGGAGAUAUGAUUUCAUAUGUUCGCUGCCCGUUUCGUAGGUCAAUUAACAGAGGACUCGGAUUCCGUAGAUAUCUUGUCGAAAGCAAUGAUUUUUUUGCACUUGGAGACCUUGUUGAUCUAUCCAAAGGGGCAUUUGCAGUAUUACCUACAAUACUGGAGACCAUCUCGAGGAAAAUCUUGGAGCACAUAGAGGAGAAAUGCCUUGUGUGCUGUGAUGCUGGCGUUUCAUGUGGUGCUCGUCAAGCAUGCAGCACCCCGUUGUCUCUCAUUUUUCCUUUUCAGGAAACUGAGAUGGAUAAAUGUGGCUCAUGUGAAUCUUUAUUCCAUAAACCUUGCUUUGUAAAGCUCACGAAAUGUCAUUGUGGGGCGCGCCUUAGAGUCGAUGAGACCGGUAGGCUCGCAAGGAAGGUAGGCCGUGGAUUAGGGACGGAUGGUGAGGAGAAUGGAGGUGUGUACUCAUUUCUGGGAAAAUCAACUUCCAUUUCGCCUUUGAGGUCUCUAUCAGGCCUGUUUGCCAAAGAACAUAAAGACAGUGAGAAUAUCAUCGUCAUGGGUUCUCUCCCUUCCACCUCCCUCUGAUCAAUAAGAUGUAUAUUGUAACAAUAUUUUGUGGUCAAUAUGUCCGUUUAUUUAUUUACCGUACUAUUUAUUUUAAA